CUCGAGCGGUAAAUUAAUUUUGAUUCAGGAAACGUUUCCUCCCUACGAAUUUCUUUCAUUGGAUUUCUCUUCAUUUGGAUUAAAUUGAAGAACAGCGGAAAUUAAAUUGUAAAUCGACUCCAAAUAUUGGUAACAUGUCAGCAAUUUUGCGAUGGAAUCUCCACGUGGGGAAACAGACAUGGGACCAGUCCAAUUUAACUCGGGAACGAUGGAAUCUCCAUGUGAAACAAGCGUCGAACAGAUCCCAUUAAAUAAUCCGAUUAUUCUGACGCAAAUCCUGCAACAAGCUGGCACCCCGUUGAAAACUUGUCGACUCGUCUCCCACUUUUGGAACGACAUGGUCCUCUCCCUCCCAAAUACGAGACUCGCCUUAAACCUUCACAGCGAAGGUAACGAAACUGACGAGGACAUUAACCUCGGUCCUUUUUUCGCCUUCUGUUCCACGCUAGAUGCCCGACUUGCGAAACACAUCUGCGCCAAGUCCGACACCACGAUCAGCUACUUCGCCUUCAAGCUGCUCCACGUUUGCGACAAGUUUACCCAUACCAUCCAAAUUUUGGAGGUUUCCAUCCAAUCGAAAACAUCGUUAUCACCGAUUUACGACAUUUUGGAGAAUCGCUGUCCAAAUUUGACCCAGUUACGGGUAACCGUCACCCCAAGGAAGAAUUCAGCACAGAAUCUUCCGCAAAUUGUGUUUCAACCGAAACCGAAACGAUUGCAACACAUAUAAUAGAGAAUCCUGAUCACAGGAUUCAAACAGAGUCAGCAACUCUCAUUCAUCGGGAAGAGCGAUAUUUCCACAGGAAAUUCAAGGAGGGAUUGUUAAUCAGAAAUACACGAAACAAAAUUAAUCGGGACUUAGGUAUGGAAAUAAACCCAAUUUGGACAUCGCUACUCCUGCCCCUAGCGCCAACGCUUAUACGCCCAACUACUAUCCCGGUUACCCAGCGACCCCAUUGAUGUCAACAACUUCAUCUAAUUUUGAAAAUAUUAUCUUCCAUGAAAUUAUAAAUUUUUUCAUGUACACUUUUACACCUGAAGAAGGGGGCAGUUGAACCCUGAAAGCUCGUGAAUAAAUCAACUUAAAAAUGUCA